ACCAACAGCUUUUUUUGCUGCUAGGGGACGUCUGAGACCAUGUCUGAAACUGCGCCUGUUCCAGCCGCUGAUGCGGCUCCGGCCGCUGCGGCCCCUGCUCCCGCCGCUAAAGCCCCAGCUAAGAAGCCGAAGAAAGUGGGAGGCUUUAAGGCGGGCGGUGCCAAAGCGAAGAAGCCCGCGGGCCCCAGCGUGACCGAGCUGAUCACCCAGGCGGUAGCUGCUUCCAAGGAGAGAAAAGGCGUCUCACUGGCCGCCCUGAAGAAGGCGCUGGCAGCCGGCGGCUACGAUGUGGAGAAGAACAACAGCCGCAUCAAGCUGGGGCUCCGGAGCCUGGUGAACAAGGGCACCCUGGUGCAGACCAAGGGCACCGGCGCCUCGGGCUCCUUCAAGCUGGGCAAGAAGCCGGGCGAGGUCAAGGAGAAGGCGCCCAAGAAGAAGGCGGCGGUGGCGGCGGCCAAGCCCAAGAAGGCGGCGGCCAAGAAGCCGGCCAGCGCGGCCAAGAAGGCCAAGAAGGCGGCGGCCGUGAAGAAGAGCCCCAAGAAAGCCAAGAAGCCGGCGGCCGCGGCGGCCAAGAAGAGCGCGGCCAAGAGCCCCAGGAAGGCCAAGGCGGCCAAGCCCAAGCGGGCCGCCAAGAGCCCGGCCAAGGCCAAGGCGGUGAAGCCCAAGGCCGCCAAGCCCAGCAAGCCCAAGGCAGCCAAGGCCAAGAAGGCGGCGCCCAAGAAGAAGUAAAGCGAGCGGAGGAAGACGCCUGUCGUGCAAACAACCCCAACGGCUCUUUUAAGAGCCACCCACCCCUUCGUGAAGGGAGCUGCGACGCUGUACUUUUCUGCCGGUCUCCGCGAGGGCAAAACAUUUCCCUGGACGGGGGACGGGAUAAGGGAGGGUGUCCUGCCAUGGGACGGGGAGGGGAGGGGAGGGAAAAGACCCGCAGCCCUCGCGGCGGUGCUGGGGCCCCUGCGACAGAAGAAGCCGGAGCCGACCCCGGGAGGCGAGUGGGGGGCGGCGGGCAAGAGAACGGCAAUGGCAGCGGGUCCGCUACAGCCCCGGGGCUGGGACCGGCGGCGGGCGAGGCUGCGGAAGCUGCUGGGAGCGGGGUUAAACCGCGAGGGGGUUUGAACGCCCCGCGCUGGCCCCGGAUUGGCCCGCGCCCGCCCGCCCGCUUCUCGCGCGGCCCCGCCUCGGUGUUACCUCCUCCAGCCACUGAAGCCGGAGGCGAUGGUAACAGCGCGGUGGAGUUCAAAGGGCGGCUCCAGGGAUUGAGCAACGCGCCCUCGCCUGCGGAGCGGGCCAAAGGCGGCCGAGGCGCCCGC